AUGCUGCUCCACGCACUGCUCCUCUCCGCUCUUGCAGCUCUUGUCAGUGCAGACUGCUACUCACACGACAGGAUAAAAGCGCAAGACUCCAAGUAUUACAUUGGUCCAGAACUCGUUUCCUGCGGCAACGGAACAGAUAAUUGCUGUCUUGCCGAGCAAAAGUGCGGGAGCAAUCUUCUCUGCGUCGAUGGAAGUGGCGGGGUGUCGCGCCAGUACUGCGACAAUGCCGCGUGGAUCGGAUGCUCUGACAUGUGCGCUGGCAACGAUGCUGCGGGCGUGAGCAUCCAUGACUGCGGCGACAACAUCUACUGCUGCGGCGUGAACACCGAGGACGCGUGCUGCACCGACGAGCGCGCGUUCUACGUAGAUCCAGACGAUGGCGGUGUCACUCAGACGACGGUGGCUGCGAAGACAAAGGCGCCGAGGUGGUUUACGGUGGAUUCGUCGUCGCUGCUGGCGAGUAUGUCGAGUGCGUCAAGUAGCUUGGCGAGUUCGACGCCAUCUUCGACGCCUGCGUCAACAUCCGCUCCCGCAGCGACGACAGCGAGUUCAGCAUCUUCAGCUACUCCUACUCCCACGGAGACUGCGAAAGGCUCGUCUGGGAUCUCUGGUGGCGCAGGCGCAGGCAUAGGAAUUGGCGCUGCGGCAGGCAUCGCACUGGUCGCUGCACUCAUGUGGUUCCUCCUGCGGAAGAAAAAGCAGAAUGCUUCUCGCGGUGCAGUGAGCGGAACCACUGACUACCCAAUCGGCAAGUCCGGACCGCAGCCGGAAUACUAUGCACACAACGUAGAGCUGGACAACGGGAACCUCGUAUCGCAGGAGCUCGAUGGCGGGAAUUCUCGACAUGAAUUGGCAACCCACGCACCAAAGACGUAUCCAGGGUUGUGA